GUUACAUACUCAUAGUGACACAACACAAUUUAGCGCCAUAUAUGUUAGUUGCAAUUGUAUAUAUACACAAAAUACAAGUAGUCUUCCCGUCCAGUAAGGAGAUAGCCUUGGGGUGAGCGAUCCAGUUCAUACAGAGACCUUACUUCUUCUUAUUUAAUUUAAUCUACUUGUCCUUACAAAGUGUGUACUCAACCACAGCCAAUUCAAUCCACAUCGAAUCCUGCUUCUCUGUGUAUUAAUCUGUAUUUAUAACUUCGAUUAGACGCCAUUAUUAAGAAGUUUUCAGAGGGUCUGACUUCUUCAUUUCAGUUGCAGUUGAAAUGGCUAUUUCUCUCUGCAAAGCUGCUCUGACCUUCAAAACUUCUAUCCAUCAUCAUCAUCAAACUGAUGAAAUCUGGAAAGGAGUUUCGGGAUUUCCCCUGGAAAGAAGUAUGAGAUCAUCAGAGUCAUCAUUGAUUACAAGGGCUGCUUCCAAAAUCGACAACUCCUCCUCCCAACAACUCUCGUACAUCACAAAAGAGUUUCAGAAGGAAUUCAGUCUGGUGGCUUCUGCUGACUUCGAUUAUCACGAAGAACAAGAUCGUAGUUCAUUAUUACAGGUUGGUGGAGAUGGAGAUGAUGAUGAUGAUGAUGAAUUGGCUGAACGUUGGAGACAAAUCCACGGGGAGGAUGAUUGGGCGGGUAUGCUUGACCCGUUUGACCCGCUUCUUCGGAAAGAGCUAAUCCGUUACGGAGAGAUGGCCCAAGCUUGCUACGACGGGUUCGACUUCGACCCGUUUUCGAUUUACUGCGGCAGCUGUAAGUACCCUCGCCGGAAGUUCUUUGAGGAGCUCGGAAUGUCCCGGUACGGGUACGAUGUCACCCGGUAUCUUUAUGCUACAUCAAACAUUAAUCUCCCCAAUUUCUUCAAGCAAUCUCGGUGGCCUAAAGUGUGGAGCAAGAACGCCAAUUGGAUCGGGUACAUAUCGGUUUCAAACGAUGAAAUGUCGAAAAAAUUGGGAAGAAGGGAUAUUAGUAUAGCUUGGAGAGGGACGGUGACGCAGUUGGAAUGGAUUGCCGACUUGAUGGAUUUCCUCCGGCCGAUUAAUUCCGAUAAGAUCCCCUGUCCCGACAAAAGGGUCAAGGUUGAAUCCGGGUUUCUGGACCUCUACACCGACAAAGACGAAAAGUGCCGUUUCUGCAGGUUUUCAGCCCGGGAGCAAAUUCUGGCGGAAGUGAAAAGACUAAUGGAAAUGUACAAAGACGAAGAACUGAGUAUUACGAUUACAGGGCAUAGUUUGGGAAGUGCUCUGGCGAUUCUGAGUGGAUACGACAUUGUUGAAACGGGUAUUAACGUCCGGCCGGAUACUACCGCCGUUCCGGUCUGCGUUUACUCGUUUUCCGGUCCCAGAGUUGGGAAUGUUAGGUUCAAGGAAAGGUUGGAGUUGCUGGGGCUUAAAGUGCUCAGAGUGAUUAACGUUCAUGACAUUGUACCAAAAUCUCCCGGUUGGAUUUUCAACGAAACUAUCCCGCCGGCGGUGAUGAAGAUGGCCGAAGUUUUGCCGUGGUCGUACUCUCAUGUCGGAGUUGAGCUCGCCCUGGAUCACAACAACUCGCCGUUUCUGAAACCCACCGGCGAUCUCUGUGCUGCUCAUAACUUGGAAGCUCACUUGCACUUGCUUGACGGAUACCAUGGAAAAGGGGAGAGAUUUGUGCUCGCAACCGGAAGAGACAUUGCUCUGGUUAAUAAAUCGUGCGAUUUCUUGAAGGAUCAUUAUUGUAUUCCACCAUGUUGGAGGCAAGAUGCGAAUAAAGGGAUGGUAGUAAACAAGGAAGGCAGAUGGGUUCAAGCUGAACGCAGGCUGGAAGAUCACCCUAAAGACAUCCACGUUCAUCUUCAUCAACUUGGUCUUGUUUACUCUUCAAAUUCAUGAUCUAUCUAGAUUUAAACGUGAAUACCUAUUUAUCAAUUUACUGAACUUCUUAUAAUCAACUGAUUAUUUAGUUUCAUUCAAUGAAUGAAUUGAAGAAGGCUCUGGGAAUCAAACCAGAGAAAGAAAGCAAAAUGUAACAUCCCCAUUCUCCCCCUUUGUUAAUAGAUGAUGGUACUUAGGAGCCGUUUGUUUAGUGGGAAUCGGAUUCAGGAUUUGGAUUCAGAAUUGAAUAAAAUGUUUGGUUAGUUGGAUUCAUGAUUCCCGGGAAUGGCUGAAUCCGAAAGAUCCAUUCCCACCUCACCCCCCUUCAUUUGAUUCUGAAUUCUUUUCUGUUUUUUU